GAAAGUGAGUGUUUUAUUCCUAGCUGUCUCAUUCCCACCGGCAGCCACAGUAUUACGUCAACCAUCACACAGAAUAGCACGCGUCGCGACAUUUGUUUAGUAUACUUUAAAAAAAGUAUUAAAUACCUACCCAGCGAAUAAGUAUGGCACUUCGAACGAUCGCCACGACUCGUGCACUACGCCUGUUGCGAGGGCGUUCUGCACCCGUUAUCAAAUGGGAUUCGUCAGCCUUAGCACCUUCACCGAUAGCGCCGCGGACGGCAGAUCAUUGUCAGCAACAAUUUCGCACUAUCACACAGGGAAAGUAUUUGCAAAAGGCGGUCAGUGUCAGCUUAAGCGAGAUCAGUGGCAACUCGUGUAAAACGAUAAGGUCGGCGGCUUAUCGGAGCGGUGACGAACUGCUGGUGGUAGAGCUGGUCAACGGUCAGCAGUACGAUUUCCCGCUGGUUUGGCUGCGCGAUAAUUGCCAGUGUUCGGAGUGUUUUCAUCCGGGUUCGCAUAGUCGAAUUCUGAAUUGGGAGUUGUUCGAUGUUGGUGCUGUUCGGCUGAAGGACUGGUCGGUGCACGAGGAUGGACGGCGAGUGCAGCUUGUGUGGAGCGAUGGGCAUAGAUCGGAGUUUAGCGGGGAGUGGCUGGUCGAGAGGAAUUUCACCGAGGAAAAUAGUAAAGAAUAUUUGAACGAGUGGUACAGACCGCGGCCCAGGCUGUGGGGCAAGCAGGAGUUUGGUGAUAUUAUUAAGAAUUUCGAGUUCAAUGAUGUAAUAAAUAGUGACGAUGCGUUGCGCGGGUGGAUCGAAGCGCUGGUACGGUAUGGAACCGUCAUGAUCAAGAACGCGCCGUUGACGGAGCAGGAGUGUCGGCGAUUGGCAGAACGAGUCGGAUUCAUACGGAAAACACACUACGGCGAGGAGUUCAUCGUAAAGGCUAAAGAGGGAACCAGCAACGUCGCUUACCUGUCUACUCCACUGCAAAUGCACACCGACCUGCCGUAUUACGACUACAAACCAGGCUGCAAUCUGCUCCAUUGUCUUGUUCAGUCGCGCUCUCAGGGGGGUCAAAAUCUGCUGGCCGAUGCAUUCUACGUAGCGGAAUUGAUGCGCCGGGAACAUCCUGCGGAUUUCGACAUGUUGACCAAAACACUGGUUAACUGGACGGACAUCGGUGAGGACGAGGGCGGACAGUUUCAUAGUAUUUACCGGGCGCCAGUGAUUUGUAUCGGCCGAGAUGGAAACCUCGAACGAAUCAAUCACAGCGUUCCACAGCGGGAUAGCUUUUUCAAUGUUCCGCUGGAUCGGGUGCAGCCAUGGUAUCGUGCAAUGUCCAGAUUCGUGAAGUUGAUCCACCAAGAAGCAGUAGAGUUCAAGACAAUGCCCGGCGAUAUUCUGACCUUCAGCAAUGUUCGGAUGGUGCAUGGACGCACUGGAUAUACGGACACGGAUGUCAAUACCCGUCACAUCGUGGGGGCAUACCUCGAUUGGGAUGAGAUCUAUUCGAAGUUGAGAGUCUUGAAAGGUCUUGAUGCUGCGAAGAAGGGAGAUGUGAGAUUGGAUUGAGUAUGUUGGAUGGUAAUUUUAAAUUUCAAGCGAAUUUUUAUUUCUUCGACACUGAGAACGUCGUGAACUUAUGUUAGAUAUAAUCGUGGAAGAAUCUAGUUGCUUCGUGAAUUGAUUAUUUGCACACAAUAGACCGGACAGAAGGAAACAGAAGGUAUUACACUGUUCUUAUUAUGCGAUAAAUUUAAGGAGAUACACUGUAAUAAAAUUCGCCAUAAAAUCACAAUAGUUUUUUUUAAUAUAUCCCUCAACUCUGCCGAGGUGAAUGCAAACAUUUGAGAAAAUUCCUACUUUAUAAAAAAAACUAUACAUAGAUGUCUAAGCGCUAAACGACAAGGAAACUAAAGUCAAUAAACACUUGUUGUCGGGCUGUGGAUAUAAUAGUCGGCUUUCUAUGCGAGAAGGAGGAACGAAAAGUUUCCCACCUUUGCCUAGUUUGGGUAAAAUAUGAUUAGUUCGUUAGUUUUUUAAUAUUGGAUAUUUGUUAAGUAAAUCAUUUAAGCACCUAGUUUUGCUUUUUAUAAACAAUUAUCUGUUGUAAUAGGACUAAUCGACGGAUUGACUUACGAUUUGAUUGCUAUUUUAAACAAAAAAGUAUUCUGUAUUCUGAAUAUAAGUUUUGGGGACAGAGGGCUUGAAAAGAUAAAUUGAUUAUAUAAGUUUGAAAAAUUACAAACACUAUUCUACACACCCGUCAACCAAAUUUUAAACAUUUGGUUUAAGGUGAAAAAUGUUUUAAAUACAUGAUUAAUGGAGAUUGAACGUAAUAAGGCACUGCACACAAAACGAAACUAAAAGAAUGAAAUAGAAGAAAAUCUGAGAAUUGUUUCAGGAAAGUGGUGCAAAAUUGAAAUUAAUCACGCUGAUCAAGAAAAUCAAUGAGGUGCACUAAAAAACUCUUUGAAUUUCAACAUCAUUCAUUGAAAUGCAAGAACUUUCUGCCUUAUCACACAGUUAUUAUUAGUUCUUUGAAACAGUUAUUAAAAUUAAGGAAAGGGUAAUUGCAAAUUUGUAACAUUUCUUAUAGCAGUCUGGGUCUGCAAAUUACGAACUACGUAUAAUUCCGCACUUGUUAGAUUCUUUUUGGCCUAAAAAUUGAUCGGUUAGGGUUCUUUGAUUUUGUUUCCAAACGAUUCACGAAAGACACUUAUUUAAACGAACAAAAAACGAUCUAAAC